AACACCGGUUGAAAUUUUAUGAGGGAAAAAAUUGCUUUGUCUGAGAGAAAUUUUUAAGCAAUCGCUAGCUCGAAAUGGAGCCUGAAACUUUAGAUAUAAAGCAGGAAGAUGGCAGGAAAUGCGACCCUCCCGUUGAAAGAACCAAUAGCGAAGAAAAUAGCGCAGGAAAAUUCAUUGAAAACUCAUCAGAAAUAGAUGUUUUGAACGUCGAAGCAAGCCAGCCGUUUGUUGCUGUGCCCGAGCCACUUGUUCCCGACUUGACUUUGUUUAGCUACGAAGUUCAACAAGGGUAUAGAAUAUUCCACGAACUAAAGUCAGACCAGUAUAAAUCUAUAACAUAUCCGUUUGUUCGGCCUGUCGAUGUAGAAGGCUUGAAUCUCUGGGACUACCAUGCGAGAAUUGAAACACCAAUGAGUUUCACUCAAAUUGAAGGUAAGUUCAAGAGUUAUGACUACCAGAGCAUCACAGCAGUUAUAUCGGACAUGCGGUUAAUCUUGGAGAAUUGUUAUCGUUACAAUGGAUCCACACAUUGGAUAUCGAAACUUGCCCACAAAUUGGAAAAAAUUCUUGAUCAAAAGUUAGCAUUGUUGAAUAGAUCAUUGAGGGAAAAAGUAACUCUAAGAGCAACCAUGGCUUUUCGAAGAGGAAAGGAUAUUGCCCAGGAUCUUGCUGAAGAAUCAGUCUAUGGAUGUCGGCGUCGAAGGUCUGGUCGCAUGAACCAUAUGAACGGGAUAAAUCCCGAGGAACCUUCGAGUCUGAUGAAUCAUCUCAUGAUGGAAGAAGAAGAAAAUCAGAAAGAGAUAAAACGAAUCAAGGAGAAGGAACGAAGGGAGGCGAACGAGGCGCUAAUGGUAGAACUGGGUAAAUGGGAGAACGAAAUGUUUACGACCGACGUGUUGAGAGAGUUGAGAUCGAUAUGGGAGAUUCCAGCCAUUGGCAGCUUUCUCUGGCUUUUUCAACCAGCGCUAAAUCUCCCUGAACUAAACUUCACUGAAUUUGAAUACGGAUUAAUUAUUCCCAACAAGUCGCAGCAAAUGGCCUGGAUAUUAACAUCUCUUCUUGUCACCCCAAGUCAGCGCAAAAGCAUUCACAAGAAGGCGCCGAUGAAGUUUAAAGUUUGGGAAAGGAAGUUAAAAGAACGGUUGGAUAUUUGGUAUUUGGCCAAACAAGAGGAAGAACUACAAACGGUUGCUCGUCAGAUUGGAUUAAACCCAGCAUUCUUUGAUGUAUUAGGUGAUGUCAAUCCGUUAGAGACAAAGUCAUACAUUGAUUUAACUUUGCAUCAGCGUGUCCUCAUACUGAAGGUUUUGUGCGACGAGUGCUUGGACUACCAUCCUCAAUUGCGUGACUUUCUUGGUAAUACGGACACCACACCAUACAAUGAAACAUAUCUUGGUUACGACGCUAAGAACUCCUCGUAUCUCUACUUUCCUAUUUUUGACGCCACCGACAUCAGAAUUUACAAACAGGAUGAACUGCCUGCUCUCAACGAAUGGUAUAGAAAAUGGGUCUCAAACUCAAAAGCUUUCAACCGUUCCCAAACGACCAAGGGAAAUCACCAAUCGAAGUCGAGAAAACGUUCCUCUUCGAAGUCGUCCAAAAAAAGCAAAGAGACGUACAGCACUAUCGAACCAGGUUUUGGGCUCGCCUGCGGUGAUGUGGAGUCGUUGCGCGAAUUAUGCGAGAAAUUUUCCGAGAAACCGCCGCCACCGCCUUCUCGGAAAAAAUCUGUCAGUCGGCCGACGCGCAAACGAUGUGAAAAAGAACUUCACAAAGUUUUGAGUGAGCUUCUUGAAGAGUUGGGAAAAUCUGACGCCAAGUAUUCGAGGUCAAGAGUAAGGGGGAUGAUGAAUCUCAUGAAAGACUGGAAAUCAGUUGAAGAUGCCUCUGAUUCAGGCAAUGAAUUAGAGAACCAAGAUGAAACUGAAGACGUUGUUGGCGAAGAUAUCCAAACCCCCCGCGAUGUUGAGAUGACUAGUAUUCCCGACAGCAUUAAUUUGGAUGAAAUUCAGGGGGAGGAGGGUGCGCCUCUGCUGUCGAUGGUCACUCGAAGUAGAAAAAGGAAAUUCCUAGAUUAUGAUGAUAUGGUCUCUGCAAGCUCUUCACCUCUCUCUGAGGUUUCUAAGAGUCUCGAAGGUGAGGUUUGUGAUGAGAAUCCAGACUCGCUGUAUGAGGUCAAGUCCGAGAAACGCCCGUACUUGGAUGAUCACGCAAUACACGACUCUGCUGUGGAAAGUGAAGAAAUUCGUGACGGUAUUGUGUAUGACAUUGUUAACGACCUCAUCUCAAAAGUGUCGGGAAAUGCUGAAGUUGUGAUUAAUGGUGUAGAUAAUGAUGGAUAUAACGGUACAAGUGUGACUCAAAAUGAUGUAAUAGAAAUCACUUCUAAUGGGGUAGAUGUUGAGAACACCCUAGGUAAUCCAGAAGUUUCUGGGGAUAGUAAAGGACAACAGUUGAUAACAAGUAAUGAUAAGAACGGCGAUACUAAAGGACAUAAGGGUGAGGUGAUGGAUAUAAAAGACAGUCGAAGUGAUGGUAUCCUUCUGGAUAAAAUGACAAAUGGCAGUCUUUCAGAUACAAAUAAAAUGCCGAAAGGUCAUAAUGAACUACAGCAAAAUCAUGAUGCAAGCGAACCUGUGGUAAACUGCGCUUUAAACCCAAAUAAUGAAGCGUGUGUUGGUAACAGUGAGUUGAAAAUAAAAACUGGACUGAAUACUGUGGAAAUGCAAACCAGUGUAUAUUCCUCUUCUCACUGUCCUGAGACACAGGGGAUAAAUGGGAGCAUCACAUGUGUCGAAGGUACGGAUGUGUACAUUAACGGUCAGAAUUAUGAAACUAAAAAGGUUUGUAAUGGUGACUAUCCAUUACCAACUUAUAAAUCGGGAUAUAAUCCGUCGACAAAGAACCUACGAAAAUGAUACCCACGGAAAAUGAACCUACGGCGUUAACGUCCACGGAAAUUGUUCAUCCCGGUAAUGGACACACGGAGAUGAUACCAUCGCCAAAUGUACCUGCGGAAAUUACCCCUACGGUGAAAGAUUCUACGGGAAUAGUACUUACUCAAACAGAACGUUUGGAGUUACCAUUUACAGUUAAAGGGGAUACGAAAAACGAACCUACGGGAAACGAACCCACGAGAAUCGAACUGACGGGAAUAUAAUCCCACUUACAUACUAAAUACUAAUUUUCUAACAUUCAUUAUUAUUUAAAAAUAAUUGAUAUUGAAACAUUGUUGCGUUUCAAUAAUUUAGUAUUUAAUAGUUCUAUUUGCAAAAUAGACGUAGAAUUUAAUUUGAGUCGAGAAAGAUUUUUAAACUCAGGUGAUUUUAGAUUGUGUUGAAAUAUGUUGUUUUUGCUGACAUUUUACCCCGAAAUAACUGAAUGUUUAUUUUAGACCAGGAUUAUUUGCAAAUAGAUUUCACGAAUUGUUAGCUUACAUUGUCAUUGAAGUGCACCAGACGAACUGAACAUUUUAGCAUGUGCUAAAAACAAAAUUAGAAGAGCCGAAGGCUGUGUAAUAUUAAACUAACUUAUACAUGUACGUAUUUAUUCAUUUGUAACUGCUUGCUGAAAAUUUUAAUCAUUUACAUGCAUUAAAAUUCCACCCAAUGUUAAAAUUACAAGUUUUUUCCGUUA